UCUUACGAUUAAGCUUUGCAAGCUUUAUUGUAAUACAUAUAUAUAUUUCCCUCUAUUAAUAGAUAAUUGUUGUUCUUGUUAUCACAACCACAGUAAUACGAAAACUCCAACAAAGAGAUUACAUGAUGUAUAAUUUGGAGACCAUUCUAUAUUCUCUUGAGGAAUUCGAUACCUAUAAUUGGGAGGAACUCGAUAAAUGGGAGGGUUUUCAUGUUGUUGAUGAUUUGGAUAUUGUCCCAAAUGAGAAUGGUACGAUCAGACCAGGAUAUGAAACUACAUCACUGGCAAAAGAUGCAGCAAUGUUUGCAAUGGAAGAACACAACAAAGAUAGGCUUGAGAUUGAGGCCAUUGAGCUCAAGAAAAUUGUGAAAGCCAAUGGGAUCAUGUUGGUGCAAGGAUUUUGGAUUUUUCUAACAUUGGAAGCAACAGAUGGGACUUUUUAUGAAGCCAAAGUUUAUCUAAGUCCUCCCAACCACCAAACUCUUUCCAAUAAAUUGGAUUUUUUGAGGCUUGCUAAGCACUAUCCUAUGCCAAGCAAAAACACCAUAGAUCCCAUUGGGGCAAUGACCAAGUUUCCUUGGGAAUUGGUUGAUCAAAUACUUUGCGGACUGCCCGUGAAGGAUCUGCUACGUUGCAGGUCGGUAUGUAAGGAGUUGUGCUCUCGAAUCAACAGCCGUGAUAUCAUGCACAAUCACCUCAACUCUAACGUAGGCCUCUUUUUCAUCAUGGACGAUGCUAAUGGUUCAAACUCCUCCUUAUACUCACACAGAUUCCAGUGGCUCCACCUAUCAACUUCAAACUUGUUGCCUCUAUUUGAAGACGCAAAGACCAUGUUUCGAAGCUAUUCUGCUAUUGCUACCUGUAAUGGCUUACUUGUUAUGAAGAAGAUGCUUGUCUACAAAGAAGUAGUUAUUUGGAACCCCUCCAUUCCAAGCUGUUACCUCAAAGUUUCCUAUACUUUUGGCUAUAACCGUACCACAACUGUAAUUGGAUUUGGGCACGACCCUGUUAAUGACGACUAUAAGUUGUUAACAUCCACUGCGUUGGCCAGAAUUGAAAGUCCACCUAAAUAUCUUUGUGGUUUUGCAUAUUGUGAUGUGUACCGUUUCCAUAUUUACAGUGUAAAAACCAAGACUUGGAGAGAACUUGGAAGAGCUUUUCAAGACAAUUUUGGUUAUUAUCGGUUUGGUCAUGCACUUGUUUGCAAUGCUUUGUAUUGGGUUGUGACCCCAAUACUUGAAGAAAAGUGUUCCAGCAAGAAAGCAGAUCAAUUUAUCUUAUUCAAGUUUGAUCUUGUGACUGAACAACACCAUAAGAUUUUGUUGCCAAGUUCGGAACGGAGACCUUCACACCACACACCAGUGGAGUUAGGAGGGUGUCUUUGCCUGGUUUCCUGGUACACAGUUAAAGACAUUUGCUAUAAAAACAAUUAUUAUGCUUAUAAUUAUCACAUAUGGAAAAUGACUAGUGGUACUAGUUGGGUGAAGUUGUUCUCAGUGGUACCACCUAAUGGGAUCAAUUAUUACAGUUUGGUUCCUCUGACAUAUUAUAAGACUAGUGAUCAGGUUCUCUUAUUUGUAAACAAAGAGAAACUUGUUCUGUAUGACAUGAAAACGAAGAUUCUACAAGAUUUGACCAUUUCGGGUAUCCUAGAAGAAUUCAAAAAAUGCUUGUGUGUCAACAGCAGCAUUGUUCGAGUUGAUUGAUGUGCCAUUAGUACAAACGAAAUAUGAUUAUAAGUCAUUUAUUAUUUAGGAUUUUUACUUCAUAUCUGAAUUUUUUUAUGUAAGAUUAAUAAAUAUCACUUUAGAUGGUCUCGUAGCCUAACUUUCUUAUUUAUAUAUAAUUUUUUUGUCUCUUA